AUGGUGGCCGGUGACGGGUGGGAGGGAGCCAUGGCUUCCCGAGCUGCCGCCGCUCUCCGAACGGCCGCCCUGCAGGGCUACCGCAGGUCGGCCUCAACCGCGGCAGCGCACGCCGACGGCGGCGCGGGCGCGGCGAGGGCGAAGGCGAAGCCCGUGGGCGACUACGUGCCCAUCUACGUGGCGCUGGGGAUGAUCGGGCUGGCGGUGACGCUGGGGCUGCACACGGCGCGGCAGCAGCUGGCGCACGCGCCCAACGUCCGCCUCGACAAGCGCAAGCGCGAGACGGUGCCCGAGGUGGCGGACCCGGACCUCGCCAUCGACGACGGCGAGCGCUUCGUCGGCAGCUCCGUGUUCCGGAAGGUCGCCCACGUCCAGGAUGACCGCUCCCUCGCGGCCGGCGUCGCCGACCCCGUCGCCGACUACCCGGUAAGGAAGGCGGUGACACUCAAGGACGUCGGCGUGGCGCCGCCCGGGAUCCCCGGGCAGGGCAGGGAGGGCGUCCUCGAGAGGAUCUUCAAGAAGAACACCACUUAA